AUGCGCCUCAUCAGAGCAACCCAGGGCCGUGAGUACGAGAAUAAGCGCCGUGAUUCGUGUCGCUCACACUUUAAGAGGUGGCUGGACUUGAGCCGUAACGAUGAAGCUGAAGACGAAUGUAGUGAGAAUGAGAAGCAGCAGAGCGAAGCACGCUACGCUUCGUUCCUCUCGCUUACUCGUCGUGCUAGCUCCGUGUCGCCUCUCGCCCCUAGUCUAAAGAAAGCCCAGUCGCCACUCGCAGUUAAAUGGAGUUCGUACAUUGAAGCUAUUGGUCUCAAGGACACUAGCAGCAAACAACGUCGCGUUCGGUUUGUAGAAGACGAUACUGAGCAUUACGAACCUCUUGUACGCACGAAACAAGAGAAGCCUAUGUGCUAUUCUUCAACUGAUGAACUGGAUGAGAUGGAGGUCUUCGCCAAGCAGCUCGUGCACCGCGGGUCUCGAUUUGCCGACCAACCUGAGAAUACUAUUCUAGAACAGGGCUUCCUGACAUCGCCUGUAAACGCGCCGUUUUUUCAGAAUCGACGGUACUAUUGCCUGCUUCGAGGCCAUCGACUUCAAAUGUUUACUUCCGCCGCGCAUGCUGCCAAGAAUUCGGGAUUAAAGGAGAAUCUUACGAUUCUCAGAGUGCAGGACUGUGAGACAUUGCCCAUGGAGAAGAAGAUUGCACUGUUUGGCACUGCGUUACCUAUGCAGAUCGGCCUCAUGUUCUACGUGAUCAAGGCGAACGGCGAACGCGUGAUUUUUACAGCAGAUACCAAGAGCUCGAAGCAUAAUUGGGUGCACUCACUCACACGCCUCACGUACGUGGGUGAGGGCGAGUGUUAUACAAGCACACCUCCGCUUCGGAAUCGUUCUAGUUCUGCCCCGACGCCACCUUCGUACAUGCUACCACCAGUACCUGAAAUUGAAUUGGAGGAGGAAAUAUAUGACGAGAUCACUACAUUGGGAUCCCUCCUACUGGCGUCUGUUAAUAUAGAGCGACCUUUUUCUAGGUAUCACCACCACAACCACAUCCAAGGAGAGGUGUCUCGUAUUUCACUACGUUAA